GUGCGCGUGCGCCACUACCUAACCGUAUAUAUAGAGAGCCCGACGGUUAGAGAGAUUAUUGUCUAACGAUUCUUCGUCGGCGAACGUGUUGUAUUCGUAGCUCGUUCAUUAUUUGUCACGAUGUCCGGACGUGGAAAAGGCGGUAAAGUGAAGGGAAAGGCAAAGUCUCGAUCCAAUAGAGCAGGUUUGCAAUUUCCUGUUGGUCGAAUUCAUCGUCUUUUGAGGAAAGGAAAUUACGCAGAACGCGUCGGUGCCGGUGCUCCGGUUUAUUUGGCAGCUGUAAUGGAGUAUUUGGCCGCUGAAGUUUUAGAAUUGGCCGGUAAUGCUGCUCGUGACAACAAGAAAACGCGAAUUAUUCCGCGACACUUGCAACUUGCUAUCCGUAACGACGAAGAAUUGAACAAAUUACUUUCUGGAGUAACAAUAGCACAAGGUGGCGUUUUGCCUAACAUUCAAGCUGUACUUUUACCGAAAAAAACCGACAAGAAGACAUAAUCUUCAUACUUCGAACCAAACGGCCCUUCUCAGGGCCA